CGCUCGUGUUGAGUUAGUGAGUGUCCUACAUUAGUGAGUUUAUGUUCUGUAGGUCCAUAAUUAGUAGUGUUUCAAGACAUAUCAGUCGUUUCCCUCUUUGUUUUCGUUUGAUAGUCAUUUUGAAAUCGAAAGUGCAUCUUGUAAGUUGAACCACGAUAACAGACCAACCAUGGACGGUCCCUCAGGACCAUCUCCAUGCGAGCUGCGCGUCCACACAGAUGCGUCAGAAGACAGACUAUCAGCUGGAAGCGGUGACAACUGCCAGUGCAACAAAACACAGCCCGAGGUGACCCUGAAGGGCAAGCGGUUGGGCAGGGGAGCGGUGGAGUCAGGUCUCACACACGAAUGCGGCGUGUUCGGGGCCAUUGGCACGGGCGAGUGGCCCACGCAGGUGGAUGUCGGGCAGGUCAUCUGCCUGGGGCUGGUCGCCUUGCAGCACAGAGGACAAGAAUCUGCCGGUAUAGUGACGUCAGAGGGCAAGAGUGCGCGCACGUUCAAUUCUCACAAGGGUAUGGGGCUCAUCAACAACAUAUUCAACGACGAGGCCAUGAAGAAGUUAAAGGGCAACCUCGGCAUUGGACACACGAGGUAUUCGACGUCGGCGGCGUCAGAAGAGGUGAACUGCCAGCCGUUUGUGGUCCACACGGCACACGGCGCGCUGGCCGUGGCACAUAACGGCGAGCUGGUCAACUGCAGCAGUCUCAGGAAGAUGGUAUUAGGGCGCGGCGUUGGUCUAUCCACUCAUUCGGACUCGGAGCUGAUCACGCAAGCGCUUUGCCUCAAUCCGCCUGAGGGCGAGACCAACGGGCCCGACUGGCCCGCCAGGAUCAACCACCUCAUGAGGCUAGCCCCACUGAGCUACUCGCUGGUGAUCAUGCUGAAGGACAAGAUCUACGCAGUGCGUGACCCCUACGGCAACCGGCCGCUGUGCCUCGGCAAGAUACUGCCGCUCGGCUCCUCGUAUGUUUACAAACAGUCAUCAGCGCAGCAUGCCGCGGUCCUAAUGAACGGUUGUGCGAAGAACGGGAUGGACGAUAAGGCCGAAGGCUGGGUGGUGUCCUCAGAGUCAUGCGGAUUCCUUUCCAUUGGCGCGCGCUACGUUCGCGAGGUGCUACCAGGCGAGAUCGUGGAGAUGUCGCGGCACGGCAUCCGCACCGUGGACGUGGUGGAGCGGCCGGCCGGCAAGCAGCAGGCCUUCUGCAUCUUCGAGUAUGUUUACUUUGCACGGGCUGAUAGUAUGUUUGAAGGUCAAAUGGUGUAUUCCGCGCGUCUUCAGUGCGGGCGCAUGUUAGCGCGCGAGUCGCCUGUCGACGCCGACAUCGUGUCGUCCGUGCCCGAGUCCGGCACGGCAGCUGCACACGGCUACGCCAGACAGUCCGGCAUCCCAUUCAUGGAGGUACUGUGCAAGAACCGCUACGUGGGCCGCACGUUCAUCCAGCCGUCCACGCGCCUGCGCCAGCUCGGCGUGGCCAAGAAGUUCGGCGCGCUGUCCGAGAACGUUCGCGCUAAGCGAAUUGUGCUCAUCGACGAUUCCAUUGUUCGCGGCAACACUAUCGGACCUAUUAUCAAGUUGUUACGUGAUGCGGGUGCUGCUGAGGUGCACAUCCGGAUAGCGUCGCCGCCGCUGAAGUAUCCGUGCUACAUGGGCAUCAACAUCCCGACGCGCGAGGAGCUCAUCGCCAACAAGAUGGACUCCUUCAAGCUCGCCGAGCACGUCGGUGCGGACAGUUUAGAGUACCUAAGCGUAGAAGGUCUGGUGAGCGCAAUUCACUACAACAUGAAAGCCACGCCGAGUGACGGCGUCGGCGGCCAUUGCACCGCCUGUCUUACCGGGGAUUACCCUGGCGGCCUGCCUGAGGAUAUGGACUGGUAGUGUAGGUGUACUGUGGACUGGAUCAUUAGUGUACUGGAGAAAGGACGAAUUUCGUGUGAGGAACAUCUUUAGUGUACUGAGGAACAUGAAACAUCUUUGGAACAACUUUUAAUGGACUGAGAGACACACAGCUUCAAGUGCCCUGGAGAAUAUCUCGAGUAAAAGAUUUAGUGUACUGGGGAACAUCUUUAGUGUACAGAGGAACAUCUUUAGUGUACUGAGGAACGACAACAAUUGACUGAGGAACAGCUUUAGUGUACUGAGGAACAUAUUUAGUUUACAGAGGAACAUCUUUAGUGUACUGAGGAACGACAACAAUGGACUGAGGAACAACUUUAGUGUACUAACGAAAAUCUUUAGUGUACUGACGAACAUCUUUAGUGUACUGAGGAACAUCUUUAGUGUACUAAGGAACAGCCUCAGUGUAUGUAUGUUAUGGAGUCAAUUUUAACAGGUUUUCGAAUGAAAAAUAUUUUGUUUGGAGUUGAUUUAAUACUCAAACUCAAAAUGAAUAUUUUAGUCUUUUUGUCCAGUGUAAUUUUACAAGCUUUUGGCU